GCGGCCGGGCAGCGCCGGUGGGAGCGACCGCGGUGUCCCGGGGAGGGGCCGGCGGCGACGCCCGGGAAAGGUCCCGAGGGGCAGCAGGACCGGGAGGGCUCCUGGUCAUUCCUGUGUCGGGAGCGCCGGGUGCCGCCUCCGCGGCGGCCUGACAUGAGCUCAUCGGCGGCGGCGGCGGCAGCAUGGCCUGUGCCCGGAGGGACGGGGAGGCGGACGGCGAGCCCGACCGCUCCCUGCGGCACAUGCUGCGGGCGAUAGCGGAGGAGCGGAGCCGCGCCGGGCUCCGGCACGACAUCAGCGGCCUCGGGUGUUUCAAAGAUGACCGUAUUGUGUUCUGGACUUGGAUGUUUUCAACGUAUUUCAUGGAGAAGUGGGCCCCCCGACAGGACGAUAUGCUCUUCUACGUCCGUCGGAAACUGUCCUACGUCGGUGGGGAGAGUGCAGAGGGUAAAAAGCAGGUCGAAGUUGAAGUUUACCGGAGAGAUUCUAAGAAGCUUCCUGGCCUGGGAGACCCUGACAUUGACUGGGAAGAGAGUGUCUACUUGAACCUCAUCCUGCAGAAGCUUGAUUAUGUGGUGACCUGUGCUGUGUGCACACGCUCCGAUGGAGGAGAUAUUCAUAUUCACAAAAAGAAAUCUCAGCAAGUGUUUGCGUCUCCAAGCAAACACCCGAUGGACAGUAAAGGAGAGGAGUCAAAGAUCAGCUACCCCAAUAUAUUCUUCAUGAUUGACAGUUUUGAGGAGGUUUUCAGUGACAUGACUGUGGGAGAAGGAGAAAUGGUGUGUGUGGAGCUAGUGGCCAGUGAUAAAAGCAACACCUUCCAAGGGGUGAUUUUCCAGGGGUCCAUCCGCUAUGAAGCACUCAAGAAGGUCUAUGACAACAGGGUGAGUGUUGCAGCUAAGAUGGCUCAAAGAAUGUCUUUUGGCUUUUAUAAAUACAACAACAUGGAGUUUGUCCGAAUGAAAGGCCCACAGGGAAAAGGACACGCAGAGAUGGCAGUGAGCAGAGUUUCCACUGGUGACACUUCACCAUAUGGGACAGAAGAAGAUUCAAAUCCAGACUCCCCAGUGCAUGAGAGAGUUACUUCUUUCAGCACACCACCAACCCCAGAACGUAACAACCGCCCAUCCUUCUUCUCCCCAUCCCUCAAGAGAAAAGUGCCCCGAAAUCGAAUUGCUGAGAUGAAAAAGUCCCAUUCAGCAAAUGACAGUGAAGAGUUCUUCAGAGAUGAUGAUGGUGGAGAUCUGCACAACGUGACAAAUCUCCGGUCGCGAUCCCUGUCUGGAACAGGACGCUCCCUGGUGGGCUCGUGGCUGAAGCUGAACAGAACAGAUGAGAACUUUCUACUCUAUGCACACUUAACAUACAUCACUUUGCCAUUGCAUCGAAUUUUAACAGAUAUCCUGGAAGUGCGGCAGAAACCUAUCCUGAUGACAUAGCAGAGAGCGGGCACUGCCUUGGAGCCUUGUUGCCAAGUGCCUAUCCACAGCGGUUUUCCGUGCUAACACUACCAUCUAGUGUCAGGAACAUAGACCUCCGCAGGAAAAAGGGAAGUCCAGGAAUACCAGCCAAUCAAAAGUGCCUCUUUCUUCCUUCCUCUGCUGUCACACGCCGAAUGCCCACAUCACUGGAGUGUUUUAGCCGGAAGAGGACUUUCAGCAAGAUAAAAAGAGAAGGGGCUGCGUUUAAACUGAGUCAACACUUUAUGGACAGUUUGCUACUGUUUACUUUCUAACUAAGAAGCCAACAAUAUGUACAGAAUGUGCUAAACUUUAUAUUCUUUGGGAGAAACAUUCUAAGAAUUUCAUAAUGAUGUGCUAUUGGACAUCACUCCAUAGACUCUGGCCAUACCCUCUCCUUGUCUGAUCAGCCGUGUGUGAGUGUGUGCGUGUGUGUGUGUGUGUGUGAGAGAGGGAGCAGCUUCCUGCUAAGGGAAGAAAAGGAAAAAUAGACAUUACUGUUUAGGUAUGUGCAGCAGGUCAGGUCAGAGCUUAAAAGAGGCUGAAAAUGUUCCCAUUUUUUAUGUGUCAGUGUUAGGACAGGUGAACUCUGCUAACAGAUUUCUGUACCUACCAAAGAACAGCAACAUUUUCAUCCUCAAGACCUGGCUAAGAUAAUGAGCCAGUGAAAAGAAGGCUAAAAUGUGCUGCUAUAGCAAAGCUGAGGUUCAUCUCCAGUACUAAUGCUGCUUAUCUUUCUCUCAGCUGAGUCAAUACCCAGUUUGAGUCAAAAGUGAAAAAACAGGAGAUUGUAAUCAGUCUCCAAAGGCCUAAAACCUUAACUGGUUUUAGGAUGGGUUAUUGGUAACCCAUCCUCCUGCAUGCACUGGACUUGAGAGUUUGUAGUUGUCCUUGUGGUACCCUUUGCAGCCAAGGAGGGCAUGGGAGCUGCUUUAUGGUCAGGCAGCUUGCAGCCAAACCAUCUGUGGUUACAUGCUGAAGCACAGAGAGCUUUCUUGAAAUACAAAAGAUGAAAAUGUAAUUCUGUUCUGAAAAGUGACUAAAAAUUGCAUAGUGGGAGGUCUGAAAAUGGUGUGUCAGGAGCUCUCAGGAAAACAGCCUUAUGUUUACACAUGAAGUUCAGCUCUCUCUAAACAGCAAAACUGCUGUCUUUGACAUUUGAAAACAAAAUGAUUGAAUGCUGGGGUUACUGUGCUCUGGCUGACUGUUUUGAUGGCA